AUGGGGAGGUUCCCUUGUGGGGCGGCGGCCGAGGCGCAGUGCCACGCGGCGCUGGUGCGCAUGUCGCACUGCUGGCGCUGCCGCGGCCUUCAGAGGCGCGUGCGCCCCUGCGCCGGGCUCUGCCUGAACGUGCUGCGCGGCUGCCUGACGCAGCGCGCCGCCGAGCUGGACCUGCCGUGGAACGGCUACGUCGAGGCCGCCGAGAGGCUGCUCGCCGCCGUCCAGGGCCGCGGAGCCGUCGACGGCGCGCUGCGCUCCCUCGACGCGCGCAUCGCCGAGGCGGUCGCGGCCGCCGUCGAGCGGAGCGCCACUCUGCAGCAACAGGUGAAGAGAGUGUGUGGACCACACAUGUGGGACUAUGGUGUUACGGACGAGAACACUGCACACGAUGGCGUCCGUUCCAACGGCACUGCGUUCCAGCAGAGCUUGGCUGCACCAGACAGUGAUCAGCUAUCGUCGAAGCUGCAGCCCUUCAUGGCGAGCCUAAGAAAGAGCCGCGGCUUCUACGCCAACCUGGCCGAGUCGCUGUGUUCCGACGAGAGCUUCGCUGAGACCAGAGAUACGGCCGACUGCUGGAACGGCGAGCGCGUCGGAGAGUACACAAAGACGGUCGUGGCAUCCAGUCUGAUCGCGCAGAAGUACAAUCCAGAGCUGGAGUGGGUUCCAGUCACGCCCGACUCGCGCAUUGCGGAGCUCAGCGACCAGCUGCGACACUUAAAGCAGGUGGUGGUCAGCCAGUUGAUGGAAGCCCCCACGGCGCUGUCCCUCGUCCGCUACGUGGAGGGCAGCGGCGGCGACCGAGACCCCCGCGACAGCUGGGACAGUGAGCCGGAGGACGGCUGGAGGGGAGAGGGCUCCGGCUCCGGAGAGAAGCCAGUCGUUGUUGGAGGUGAGACGAUGUCAACAGACAAUACUGUCUAUCCCUCUUCGGAUGAAGAAAGUGACAAACAAGGAACGAGUACUUCCAGUAACAGACUUCCAGCUAACACAGUGCACGCUGUCUGCUGCGUUAUACUUACAAGUCAUAUCCUUUACGUAACCAGUAUGUGGUAAUCUGCACGAAGCCUUCCUUAAGCCAUGUGCUUCAAAUCUCUUUCCGAUUCUACAUGUUAAAGAGAGGUCAAAAACGACAUUAUGCCUAUGGAAAUCCAGUACAUAGAGCGAAUCACUCUGUGAUAACGUAAUUAAAAAGUUAUACAUUGCCCUCAAGUGGCAACUGUACCAAUCUUUUGUUGAAAAAUUUAAUCACUUUUGGAAAUGCUGUUGCCUUUGGAUGAGAAAAUGUCUAAUAGCAUCAUAAUACUUCAGAUGAUUCUAUGGCUCUUUGAGUAGCAGAUCGAAGUACAAAAGCCCAUGAUCUAGGAUCUCAUGUGUAAAGAAGGUGGUGUGCAUAUCGUUAAUAAAAAUUUCGUAAGCGUUAUACGUUUCAUAACUCACCAUUUAGGUACUCAGUGUUUAUUUAAAUCAUAUACUCUGUGGUCUGAAAAGAAGACAAAAAACUGAAGAAUGUGACACAUCAAAGAAAACAUGAAAUAUCGUUUUUAUUGAAGUGUGUCUCACAAUGUAAUCAAUAAAAGCUGAAGAAUUUAACAAUGUUUAACAAUAAACUCUUACAGAAGUUACAAACUUGUACAAAAUCAGUGAAAUAUUUUUGUACA